UGACCUGGGUCGUCACUGGAGGCGUUCCGUGCAGCAGCACCAGUCUCCGGCGCCAGCGCAGGCGGUGCUCAUCAAACCUUCGCCCUUCGACCCUUCGUCCGAGGCGGUGGACGUCAACGAGGUUGAGACGACCUCCCCACCAUCACUGCCGCCGAGGAGUCCCGACACUUCAACCGGCGGCGAAACUACAAAGCCCACAAAGAAGGCCAGUCACGGUGGAGCCGUCGCGACGCGUCUUCACGUGCGGCGUCCUCUGGUGAACAUGACCAAGGACUCCGGCGACAGCGUGCGGCUCAAGUGCGAGGUGGCCGGGGGCCGUCCCGGGGCCCGGGUCGUGUUCCGCUGGUACAAGAACGACGCGCCCGUGGAGGAGGAACGGAACCGGCUCGAGAUACGACAGUACCCCGUGGCGCCGUCGUCGUCUGCCCCGGGCCAGGCCGCUUCCUCCUCUUCCGCCGACGGCGCCACUUCCGGCGGAAGUGGGACGGGUUCCGGUCAGCAGCAGCAGCAGGGCGCCACCGCCAACGUGCCGGCCUACGGUUCUCGGCUGAGGAUCGUGAGCGCCGACGUGCACGACACGGGCUACUACCGCUGCGAGGCCAAGAGCGGCACCGAGGUGGUCGAGACCACGGGCAUCCUCCGGGUGUCAGCGGGACCCAUCCACCACGCACCGGCGCAGAUACCGCAGUUUCCGCCUGUGUUUCCCCACUUCCCUGGAUUGGGAGGAAGCCCUGUGGCAAGUCCUGGCAAUGAGCUGCCCAUCGUGGGACCACCUCUGGUCACCUCCUCCAGUUCUGGCAGCUGCCAGAUCUACCAGGGUGUCACCUGCGGCCAGUACCUGGGCAACCGCAGUGUCUUUGUCCGACCGCCACCGGCCACAUUGGCUAUGAUGGAAGAAAAGUUGGCUGCUGCAUUCACUGUCAUUGCCACCUCGCAGGACGUCUCAGCCACAUGUCACAAGUAUGCCAUCCCAUCUCUGUGCUUCUUCGUGUUCCCGCCGUGCGAGCCGACCCCAGGCGCACCACCUGACCGUCCACCUGAGCCUCGGUCGGUGUGCCGCGACGAGUGCGAGCUCCUGGAGCAGAGCCUGUGCCGCAUGGAGUACUCGAUCGCCAAGCGGCACCCUCUGAUUGGCCAACAGAACAUCCUGCCCGUCUGCGAGGACCUCCCGCCCAUCGGUUCACCCGAGGCCCAGUCCUGUCUACGUCUGGGCGUGCCCCAUCGGGAGACUGAUGACGUCAACAAAGAGGAGGGCUGCUACGUGCACGGUGGCGAAGACUACCGAGGUGUGGUUGCCGAGACAGUGUCGGGGCUGCCGUGCCAGCCAUGGACACACCAAAUCCUGUUCUCGCGCAUCGCCGAGUACCCCGAGAUUGUUGGCGGCCACAACUACUGCCGCAACCCGGGUGGCAUGGAGAGCCAGCCCUGGUGCUUCACCUCGGGUGCCGUCGUCAAAAAGGAAAUCUGCAACAUCCCCAAGUGCGUGGACUACCUAUGGCUGUACAUCCUGCUGCCCAGCAUGGCCACUCUGGCCCUGAUUGGUCUCCUGCUGGGCAUAGCAUGCUUCCGUCGCCGUGCAAAGCCGUCGCCUCCACCUUCGGCCAAGAACUUCGCAGGAAAAGCUGCCCUCCGAGGGCCUGCCCAGCAGAAUCUCGAGUUGGGCCGACUCUUGCCUCGGCCAACAAGGGCUCCCGAGGUACCAGCUGCACGAAUCCGUUUCCUCGAGGAGCUGGGUGAAGGAGCAUUUGGCAAGGUGUACAGAGGAGAGAUGCUACCCGCCAAGCGUGACUGCAGUGCUCCAGUGCCGGUGGCCAUAAAGACGCUGAAGGAGAACGCGGCCAUGAAGACGCAGCAGGACUUCCAGCGGGAAGCCGAGCUGAUGAGUGACCUGCAGCACCGCAACAUCGUCUGCCUGCUGGGUGUGUGCACCAAGGAGGAGCCCCUGUGCAUGCUCUUUGAGUACAUGCCACACGGAGACCUGCACGAGUUCCUGGUGGCACACUCGCCGCGAUGCGAGGGCGCCACGCAGGUGCUGGACCUGGCCGACUUCCUACACAUCUCCAGACAGGUGGCCGCAGGCAUGGAAUACCUGUCGGCGCACCAUUACGUGCAUCGCGACCUGGCGGCGCGCAACUGCCUCGUAGGCGAGGCACUCACGGUCAAGAUCUCUGACUUUGGCCUGUCCCGCGACGUCUACUCCUCUGACUACUACCGCGUCCAGUCCAAGUCGCUGCUGCCCGUGCGCUGGAUGCCGCCCGAGUCCAUCCUGUACGGCCGCUUCACAACCGAGAGUGACGUGUGGUCCUUUGGUGUCGUGCUCUGGGAGGUGUUCAGCUACGGGCUGCAGCCGUACUAUGGCUACGCCAAUCAGGAGGUCAUCGACCUGGUGCGCGCACGCCAGCUGCUGCCCUGCCCCGAGGACUGCCCGCCACACCUGUACGCGCUCAUGGUAGAGUGCUGGCACGAGGUGCCCAGCCGGCGGCCACAGUUCCGCGAGCUGCACGCGCGCCUCUGCUCGUGGCAGGCGCUGCAUGCACGCAGCGCGAGCCUCAGCACACACGGCAGCAACCACACGGGCUCCACGUCGGUCAGCCACAAGGGCGGCGGAAGUCCGCUCCUGGGCGGACCGCCCGGAGGUGUUGUCCUGGUCGAUCGGCCCUCGACGCCGCUCGGGGGAAUGACCCGGGGCCCGCCCUGCCCGCUACAGAACCCGCCACCUCCGCCGCCACUGUCGCACUUUGGGCCGCCGUACAACGCACUCGACACGAGGGUCUCCAAGGUCUGACAGCUCCCACGCAGCUGCUACUUUGUGUGAGCUGCGUAGGCAAACGACUCUUUCAUCUCUCACUCCCAGAGCAGGGCAUUGUGCCUCAGGGAUGUUGUAGCGAUGUUUCAAAGCCGCGUUGCCCACCUGCGGGCUUGUCACAUCGAAGCGGACUUGGGAGACCGGCCACCACGGCCAACAUCGCGAGAGUUGGUGCUCCUGCGUAGCCGGCUGCUACUUCUUGUGAGCUUAACGAACUUUUUCACCCAACUGGGUGCAGCUGCUCUGUGCUCCGCUCUGUGUGUAAAAGCCCCAACACGGAGACAGCCUCACGACCGCAGUGUGCAGCGUGAAGCGCCAGCACCCGAAACCUCAAUAACAAGAGACUGCAAAGGGAGUCGCGAGGACUGCAGAGUCAAGUGUUGGUCCCUCGAACAAAUGGUUGUGGGGACGUCGCCGUCGACAGAGCGAAUCGCGACUGUCUCGACGACAGCGGUGUGGCACAGCUUCGUGUGCCGCAUCGAGUGCUUCGGCAACUGGUCAACCACCGAAUAACGAACUUUAGCAAUGAAUACAGCGCCCCGAGCUUCAGCGACGAUGCCUCGGAGAGUGCACGAACGUGGCCAAAGUCAGCGAACACUGCCACGGCGAAACGGGCUUUGCACGAAAUGUGUGCAUGCUUUUUCACGUUGAAAAGAAAAAAGAAAAACGAGACAGAACAAAAAAAAUCAGAGAGAACGCAUCUCUAUACCAUUUAUGAAGUGCACACAGUGUCCGCGGAUAUCGUGAAAAGUGUCAGAAGAAUACUCAUCUAAAUGAAACACUUUCGUGUUCAUUUGUCUUAGCAUGGGUAACGUAUCUUUCUUCGCGAGACGAAUGCUUCACACUUUUUUUUUACCGCCACAGCUCGAUGACAAACCACGUAUGUAUAUCUGCAAUAAGAGAAGUGUUCCUACGCUUGUUUUCGUAAGGCAGCAAACAUUUCGCGUCACUGCCACGAUUCUUUGUUCUUUUGCUUUCCGCAAGCCUUACAGCACAUAAGUUUUCCUUGAUGUGUCACCAGUGUUUGUGUAGGAACAAGUGUGUCAGUAUUACAGAAACAGCCGGGUGCUAUUUUACAGUACACACUAAUGCUGUGCUUCAAAGCGUAGAUAAAUGAGAAAACGAUUCAGCUUCCGUGGUGCUAAGAACAACCAAUAUUCGGCAGAACAAUGAAAGCGUUAAAGGCCAUCUUUAAUGCAACUUCAAUAACCCUACAGAGGUAAUAAAUGAGUACCUAGUGCCAUCAGAGGAAUACCAGCAAGGUUUCAAUACCGGUGACCAUCCAAUUUUGUCGUUUGCAGCCUUGACAUAGUCUUAAAGCCGGCUGUGUUGGUUAUCAGUGCGCGAAGGACCAUAUGACUUAUCUCGGGGAGGGUCGUGACGAGGAGUUCCACACUCCCAAGUCUUGAGCUAAUGCCACUGCUACCAGCGAGUGGUAGCAAUGGCAUUAUUUCCAGCUUUGGUAUCAAAAUUGUGCGACACUUUUGUGACACAUGCUCGUACUUAAAGCGUAAUCUUUUGCACAAAACUUUCGCUACGUGAACACCAUCUGAACAAAACUAUGGUUUAUACACAUCUCAAGCAUGCGUUGCGGCUGGCCUUUAACAGGAAAACCAUGCCUACGUCUCAUCCAGAGCAUCAGCUGUACUGUUUCCAAGCGGAUAUUUGCCCACAUUAUGGCACGUAGUGGCUUUCACGGUUCUUUUUUUUUCUGACAUUGGACAAAGCCUGAAAAAAUAGCCAUUGCUAACCAAAGCCCAUGUGCAGAGCAGCAAGACAUUUUUCACGGUUUGGAAAUUCAGCUCGCAGUCCGCUUUCUAGUCUCGUCCAUGGCAAAUUCAUCUAAUUUGGCAGGCGAGAAGAUUGCAGUGCAGAUUAUGGUAUUGUAGUUUCAUUCAUGACAAUCCAUGUCAUUAUUCAAGCUUGUGUCUGAAGGUACGCAGUGUAAAAAAAAAAAAGAGAGAUAAUCGUAGGGAAGAAAUUUAUGAAAUGCUCGCUAGGACCAUUUUAUGUUCAGCAGCAGGAAAAAAUUGACAAAAUACAGGAAAAGAAGUGCACAUUUGCAAAUUCGGGCAAACAUAUCAGAGGUUGUUGAUAGAUUGUGCCAAGGAAAGCCAUCUUUGUUUUAUAGUUUGGUACAUAAAUUGCAGAUGGUAUCUCGAUAUUGAAAACGCCGCUGGUAUUAACGGUACCUUCAGGAUCCUACUUUUGCCAGAAAUCUGAAUUUAGCCAAGUGAAAGCUCACUAAUGUCAUUUUUAUUAUUAAUUUACAACAUUGCCACCCGAAGCUGCCACUUGGAGCAAGGAAGAGAAUCACACAAAAUUAAAUAGAUUGUGGCCACCCGCUUCUGAUGACAUAUGCUCUAAGAAGGUUGGGCCACAAUAAAGAUAAGCACAAGAUAAGUGAAGGCCUGGGCCACUUAGAUUACCUGUCCUGUGCCGUGGAAACUCCACAGCACGAAUUCUCAGUCGGAAGGCAAAAUUUGCAUAUUCCCGCAAUUGUACUAUGCAUUGCACUGUAGCUUCAAGCUUAGCGAGAAAGAGUUGCUGUGAAGCAGGAGCCUUAUCCGUCAUGCCGUAGCGACGAUCAUGGCAUCAGCAAAACUUGGAAUUUAAUCUCAGCGCCACUAUUUUUUUCUACUGUGCUCAAACAUACUCGUGUUCUGCAGUUUAAAAAGACUAAAUAAUGGGGAUUCAUGUGCCAAUAUCAUGACACAAUUAUAAGACAUGCCUAAGGGGUAGGGGGGACACCGAAUUGAUUUUGACUAACUGAGCUUCUUUAAUGUGCACCCAAAUCUAAGUGCACGGGUGUUUCUGAACUUUGCCUUCCCUUUCCACCCUCGAAAUGUGGCGCCAGAAAUUCGAGCCCGUAUAGUCUAGCUUAGCAGAACGACACCAUAGCCGCCAAACUACCAUAGCGGGUUAUUUAGGUUUGCGAAAGAGGACACUCAAAAUUUCAUCGCGAGCCUCAAACUCAUCCUCGAUUAUGCCGGUGUUCUUCGCAGGAACCAUCAAACGCCAUUUACAUAAAUUUUACACGAGCCGAUCUUACAGCGGCCUUUUACUGCCUUUCCUUUACGCGUUGUUUACAAAGCAUGUUUUUACGGACGUUUUGUACGAGAAUAUACAUUUUUUCCGCUUUUUGACUCUGUUCUGUCACGUGAGUACCCGCCAUGUUUGUGUUGUUUCUUUUUUACGCGUUUGAUGUUGUGCUGUCACUGUGGAUUGCCAGAACUAGCGUGACGUGGUUCGAGGAGCAAUAAGGACGCACUAAGGUCACACUAAGGUCACACCAAGGGCACGGCGUGUUACCCGUUCUGUCAUUCAGAACAGCUAUACGAGAGACAUUUGUAAAACACUGCACCACUUCCUACACUCUUGUAUCUCUUUUAUGAUUAUAUUCUUUUUGUUGUGCCAUUCUUUUAAACUGCAUGUUGUUCUACAGAAAAACAUGUUUUGUACAACUAGUCCACCUAGCAAAACGAACAUUACGUGUAAAAAAAAUGUUUUUAUGUGCUUAUUCCCAGAGAGACCUUGAAGCGACUUCAGACAUUGUUAUGGAAUAGCGUGAGCAGUACACCACAGUUUCAUGUCUAUAACCCUCGCAGCUGUAAUUAUACAAACCGUAGGCAACAAGAAAACAAGAAACAUGUUGGGAUGUUUAUGACGCUCAGACUAUUAUAAAUCAAAACCAACGUAACGUGAUCAUCUGGAAGGAAGCUUCUGCUUUAAUUUUCUGCCAGAGCAGGCAUAACAGUUUGUGCAUGCUCCAACUCUGUGUAUGAGCAGCACUGCAUCACAUUUUCAUCUCCUAGUGUGGCUUUUGUGAGCAAAUGAACAGGUUGACUUAAGUGUCGAAAAUGCUUUCCCCCGCACGAAUGAGUUCAGAACAGUAAAGGACAAGAAAUGCUUAGUUCAAUGCAGACUUUCCCAUGUACUAGGUCUAAUGACCAUUCAAGUAUGACCUCGUAAAAACUUACCACAGUGUGAUAAACGUACCACCCCAGCCAAUCAAAAUGCAGAGUGACAGUUUCGAAACUAUUUGUGGAACACGCGAGCACUCUAGGGGGUUAUGAUAAUGAUACUGGCAUCACUGUUUAGAUCAUUGUUUCGUCACAAUAUUCUGAAGCCUCUCCAGGGUCAUACUAUUUCUGCUUUUGAUAAGAAUGUUUUACUAGUUGAAAGGAUAGUAUGUGUACUUAUAAAAUUUCUGCGCGGUAUGCAAGAAGUGUCCUGUCAGGACAGAGGAAGGACGUUGUGUGUGAUGACCUCCUGUAUAGUGCACUGUCCUCUCGACAAUAACGCUGGACUUGCAGCUCCUACACCUAGCACACAAUAUACUCUUGACCCGAGAACAAAAGAGACCCGAACAACGAAGCCAAGCCCCUCCCCACGGGCGGUUAUGUAAUAGAUUUUUCGAACAAUCUGUGCAUAGUUCCACUAUGUUACUUGACUCCCUACGUGAAAAAGCCUCCAUUCUCAAAUUGCCACACACGUGACCGCACUGAGUGCAUGGAAAGGCUUUCACAUAACACCCAGCAAUGUGUUCUAGCCUCCUAUGGGCGCAGGAAUAUUUUCUAGUUUUCGGAACGAGAGACGAGUUCACGGGAGCACAUCAUCUGCGCAGUGCUAUCAGCGAUGCUUUCGAUGUUUGCUGGGAAUGUUAAAACCCACAUCUGUUGCUACCUGUUUUCACAGUGAGUCAGAAUACGUGGACACACACGAAGCCUCCUGGUAUAAUAUGUGCGAGCACAGAGGAAAACAUAUCGCAGUCCUACAGGCAACAGGAAGCGCUUGUGGAAUGCAGUUACCACGGUUGCCAGAUUCCCUUUACAACACCGUUGAGCUGACUUAUAACAAGGAUACUACUUCUAAAAGUCGUUACAAGCAUAUACAUGCUGAAUGCUGAUGUCGGUUAGUAACUUUUAAGUUUUAUUCAUAAUAUGUGAACAGUGCAAGUUUUAUUGGCUAUGGCGACAUACUGCUGAGAUAUUCAUCAACACUUUGCAAGAUGCUGUGAUCUAUGAACUUUUGUAAGCAUCUUCAUUUUUGUGGUAAGAAGAAAUGCAAAUAAGUUAGCACCAAUGUAAGUGUGUCACUUCACCCCGACACUCACUAAGGUUCGCUAUUCCACACAUUCCUGUGUGGAAGCACGUAGUACUGUCGCUAAGAAACACUUAAAUACCAUCAUCGCACUCAAUCACACAAGUAACAGUGAAAGGCGCUGGAAGACUAAGUUAUGAAAAAAAAAACAAUUUGGAACAAGAAAAGAUUAAAGAGACAAUAGUGGUAGCCGUAGCAACUGUGUUCCACAAGUGCUCGCCAACAUAGUUAGGUGACAUACAUCACUACAACACUCACACCACAGCUGACGCAAGUGUAAUAAACAUGUGCGAAAAACAAUAUGCGCAUUUGUGCGUGCAUGUACGUGUGUGUAAGUUGCAUUUGCUACUUUUGAGGCCACGUCGACAGCCGCUGGCUGACGUUCCUUUCAACUCAACCCCCCAAAUCUGCCUUUAAGACCACCCCUUCCCCCUGUGACCGUAAUUAACUGCACUUCACGAAGGGUGCUCUCCUGCGAUGCUCUUGCAGUGCGUGUGUCGAACUGUUUGUUCAGAUUUGUACAAAAGAAAAACAAAAAUUUUUUGCCCGUCAAUGUCUGUGACUGGAUGUGUUACUCUUUUUAUACGUAAAGAUUAAUAAAGUUAAGUUAUGGUGA